CUGCGUUUACAGUGAAACCCAACUCUUCCUGUUUCGGAUUAGGAAACGAUCGCAAUGUAAAUAGAGACAGUAGUGGUUAUCGUGAAAUCACUGUAUAUUCAAUCUGAUAUGCCGAAUGAAUUGCAGUGAUUUGCGUGAACUGCCAUACGGUUUAUGAGAGGGAGCACAAGGCCUGACCAUGCCUGUGUCCCUGCUGUGGGCAGUGGAUGUGUAUGGGCGCGUGUACAGCCUGUCCACCGGAGGGCAGCAAUGGGAGCAGUGUCGUGAUGCUGUGUUAGAGUUUAAGAGGGUGACGUCGGUGCAGCAGUGUUGCUGGGGUAUCGCCUGUGACCAUCACAUUUACCUGAAUGUCCACUCUAGUGAUGUACCCAUACGCUACCAGGAGGAGGCAUACGAGAACCAGCGAUGGAAUCCCGUGGAUAACUUCUCGGAUCGCUUGUUGCCGAGCGACCGCUGGCAGUGGAGUAACAUCACAGGGCUGGAACACCAACCUCUUGACAGCUUCCUACUUCCCUCGACCAACUGGGAGUGGGAGGGUGACUGGUACAUCGACGAAAACUUUGGAGGAGAGCCCACAGAGAAAGAAGGUUGGACCUAUGCCAUAGACUUCCCUGCCACCUACACCAAAGACAAGAAGUGGAACUCGUGUGUCCGUCGCAGGCGAUGGAUCCGCUACAGGAGGUACAAGGCCACGGACACCUGGGCCAAGAUCCCGUCAGAGGGUCACAGUGGUCCCCUGCCAGACCCCUUUAAUGACAUCAGCUGUGGAGGCUGGGAGAUCAGUGAGGAGCCCAGGGGGAGGCUGUCUCUGUGGGCCGUCUCUUUACAGGGCAAGGUGUGGUUUCGUGAGGGUAUCCACCACCACAGCCCAGAGGGGGAUGGCUGGGAGGAGGUGUCUCUGCCUGGGGAGGUGGUGCAGAUCAGCUGUGGUCCAGGGGACCUGGUCUGGGCCGUGCUCUGGGAGGGACAACUCAUCGUCAGGGAGGGCAUCACCAGAGACUGCCCACAAGGCUCCUCCUGGGUAGUGGUGGACUCUCCCAGCCCAGAGGCCGGGGCCAUCCACGUAGCUGUGGGGGACAACGUAGUCUGGGCCAUCACCAAGGACAACAAGGUAUGGUUCAGGCGUGGCAUCAACUCCCAUAACCCCCGUGGUUCAGGCUGGAUUGGGAUGGUCGGGGAGAUGGUCAUGAUCAAUGUGGGUCUCAACGACCAGGUGUGGGGUAUCAGCUGUGAGGACCGGGCAGUGUAUUUCCGUCAGGGUGUGACCUCCAGUGAGUUGAGUGGUAAAGCCUGGAAGGCUAUCAACGUGCCCCAAGACGGAGACGUCAGGUCCCACUCCUCCGCCAGCAGUAGCAGUCUGCACAGUGCUGGUUGUUUCUUCAGUGGUGAGGUGCGAGCCCGGUCUGUGAUGAGUGAAGACUCAGACACAGAGACUGGUCCACAGAGGGCAGUCCUAGAGGUAGGGGCCUGCCCCUCCUCCCCUCCCUCCGAGCCCACUCCCAUUGACCCUGACGUCCCCAAACCACGCAUCCCCAAGGUCACCAGCGACAGCUUCAUCUCCGAGAUGCUCUCCGACCGCGAGGUCAAACGGGAGGGGGCCACCGCUGCCGUCACCGCUGGUCCCUCUAUCCCAGAAGAGGAGGUCUCUCUUGGGGAAGCAGAGGCCAAGUCUCCCCCUCCGGCCCUGGUUCUGUCCCCCAGCCUGUCUGGAGGGCCUGGGCACCCCCAAUGGAGUAACGUGGACCUGGAAGAGGCCCAGACUCACCUGGCUGUGGGUCCGGCUGGGGUGAGAGGGGACUCGGCUGACACCUGUAGCCUAUCCUCUGUAGCCACCUACACCCUGUGUCAGGAGGAGCCUUAUGGGGCAGAUGAACACCCGCUCUGGGCAUGGGUCAGUGGAGGAGGCUGUGGUGUGGACUGUCACUCCCAGCUCAACUGGUUCAACUCUUCCACAGCCCUGGCAUCAUCACUCCAGUCCAUGAGUCUGUCCAUCAGUCCAGCCCAGACAUCUGCCUGGCGGAAACAGAUAUUUGAGCAGUUCAGCGAACGCUCCAAGAGAGAGAUGGACAACUUUAAACACUACGAACAGGCCAUAGAACAGUCUGUGUGGGUGAAGAAAGGGACCAUGCAGUGGUGGAGGGACUGGAAGCCCCAUAAGUGGGUGGACGUGAGGUUUGCUCUGGAGCAGUUCUCAGGACCUGAGGGAAACAAGGACGGCAUCCUCUUCCUCUACUACACCUUCAACGAGGAGAAGAAGUACCUGCAUGCGUUCAUCAACGAGGUGACUAUCUUGGUGCCAGUACUGAAUGACUCCAAACACACAUUUGCCAUCUACACAGCAGAGAGGACCAAACAGAGGUGGCCUAUCAGACUGGCUGCUGCCACCGAGCUGGAGAUGCAUGACUGGCUGGCCCUGCUGAGUGUGUCGUGCUGUGACUCCCGGGGGAUCCAGGGUCCCCCCUCUAAACAGGCCCUCUGGUCAGUCACCUGUAAAGGAGACAUCUUCGUCUGUGAGCCCUCACCUAGCCUGGAGGCCUGUCCCUACCCCACACCCUGCGACCAGAUGUUCUGGCAUCAGGUCGGGGGCCACCUGCGUCUGGUGGAGUGUAACAGUCUGGGGGUGGUGUGGGGGGUGGGCUAUGACCACACUGCCUGGGUCUACACCGGCGGCUAUGGAGGUGGAUUCUUCCAGGGUCUGGCCAGCAGCACAGAUAACAUCUACACCCAGACAGAUGUGACCUGUGUCUACAUCUAUGAGAACCAGAGGUGGAACCCAGUCACAGGAUAUACCAACAGAGGCCUCCCAACAGACCGUUACAUGUGGAGUGAUGCGACGGGACUGCAGGAGUGUACCAAGGCCAACACCAAGCCUCCAUCCCCUCACUGGACAUGGGUGACAGACUGGGCCAUUGACUACGGUAUCUCCGGAGGGACAGACAGAGAGGGUUGGCAAUACGCAGCUGAUUUCCCAACGUCGUAUCAUGGCCACAAGACCUUGAAGGACUUUGUUCGUCGUAGGCGAUGGGCCAGGAAGUGUAAACUGACGACCACAGGGCCGUGGCAGGAAGUCCCACCCAUCCCGUUGAGUGACGUGACCAUCAUCCCGUGUGGAGCUCAGAGCAGUGUUGAGCCGAUCCCUCUGUGGGCUAUCAGUAACAAGGGAGACGUGCUCUGUAGACUGGGGGUCACCCUACUGACGCCUGCCGGGACGUCGUGGCUCCACGUGGGCACAGACCAGCCCUUUAAGUCUAUCUCCAUCGGUGGGGCCAACCAGGUGUGGGCCAUCGCCAGGGAUGGCUCUGCCUUCUACAGGAGCUCCGUGUCCACACAGAGCCCUGCAGGAGUCUGCUGGUACCACAUCCCCUCUCCAGCCAGACAGAAGCUCCAACAGGUGUCUGUAGGGAGGACAUCAGUCUACACUGUGGAUCAAAAUGGUAACCUUUGGUUCAGACAGGGCCUGACUCCCAGCUACCCCCAGGGAUCGUCAUGGGAACACAUCUCCAACAAUGUACGGAAGGUCUCCGUAGGACCUCUGGACCAGGUGUGGAUCAUAGCUGACAAGGUGCAAGGCAGCCACAGUCUGAGCUGUGGGACAGUCUGUCACCGUCUUGGGGUUCAGCCCAUGGAGCCCAAGGGACAGUCCUGGGACUACGGCAUCGGGGGUGGCUGGGACCACAUCACUGUGAGAGGGAACUCCAUAGAGGCUCCCCGUGUCCGUAUGCCCUCCCUGACAGCCUCCCUAAGGGACCCCCUCCGCCCCCCUCCACCCCGCAGCCUGGUCCCCUUCAGGAACACAGAGGAGGAGAAUGGGAACGCUGUCAGCUGUUAAACACACACAUACACACAUACACACACACUUACAUA